GGCCCCGAGAGCCUGUAAAAGCCGCGCAGGAUGGAGCUCUGGCACUGACAUCUGCAGCUAUGGAGCGUCCUCACUUCUCGCUGGCCAUGGGCCUGGCCCUGCUUGCAUUCUGCCUCCUGACUCUGUCCCCGGACGCCCGCGCCGAGCUGCGGAGCCGCAGGACCGGAGAACGCCAAAACCUGUCUCCCAACGAUCCGCGGGUGCAGAGGGCCGCGCAGGUCGCUGUGAGCACCUACAAUAUGGGCAGCAACAGCCUUUACUACUUCCGAGAUACCAAAAUCCUCGAUGCAGCGUAUCAGCUGGUGGCUGGCCUCAAGUACUAUCUGACUAUGGACUUAGAGAGCACAGAGUGCAGAAAGACCAGAGUCUCUGGAGAUCACAUGGACCUCACCACUUGCCCUCUGGCCGCAGGAGUGCAGCAAGAGAAGCUGCGCUGCAACUUUGAGCUCCUUGAAGUCCCCUGGAAGAACACCACUCAGCUUCUAAAGCAUGACUGUAAGGUGGUGUAACAUGCCCCAGGGUGACAGUGACGAGAUCCCAUGGGAACCAGCAUGGUGGUGGAGGGACCUCAGGGCCAUGGGCCCCAUCUGCCGAAAUAAAUUCUUUGCGUGGCU